AUGACCCAAGAUCUCGGCCCUUCAACAGCCUCCAACACCCCCACCAAACCCAUCUCUGUCCUCUUCGUCUGCCUCGGAAACAUCUGCCGCUCCCCCAUGGCCGAGGCCAUCUUCCGACACCUCACCGCCUCCCUCCCGCCCACCUCCCCCCUGGACGCAAAACCCAAAAAAAACGAAUCCGCCGGGACAAGCGGCUAA